AUGAGCACCGGGGAAGGCGAGGGCGGGGGCGACCGUAGCGGGUCAUGCGGGAAGGAGCCGGUGAGCGCCGCUUCGGGUUGCGUCUUCACCCCGCGACGACAGACCGAUGAGGAAGGGACGGACGUCAUUGCGCAGGAGGCCCGUGAGCUCCUUGAGCGAAUGCGCGUGGACUUGAAGCAGUUAAAAGGUUCUGUGGAUCUCAGGGAGAAUACGGAGCGGUUAAUGUCCCUCAAGGCCGCACGCCAGUUGAUGGCACACAGGCGCAUGAUGGACGCCGCGGCCUCUCAGCGAGCUCCGCACGCCGGCUUUUUUUUUGUCCCGAUGGCAACGGCCCCGAUGACGCGGCUCACCAUUUCUGGCUACCAAGCGCGGGUGACGCAACAACAAACAUUCAACCUUGAAAGGGUCGAUGCAGGGCCGCCGCCGCCGCCGGACCCUCCACCAUGGAAUUCCUCUACAAGUCUUCAGGGCGGUGAGAGAGCAACGGGGGAAAAGAUGCCCGGUGCGCCUGCUCCUGUUCAACAUCGCCGGUUGAUUCCCACGAGGGGGAUGCCAUCAACGGCGAACACGUUACGUGAAUUUAGCGGGGAGGGUAACUGCUUGCAACAGUCCUCUUUUCCCAAAGAGCAUGCAACGGGUGAUAUACCGGAUAAGAUGCGACUUGUGUCUCGUGUUGACGAGGUGUGGAUUCGUGAUUACUUGAGACGGCUUAACAUUGUAGCACGCGAUCCCAACCGAAUCGGAAGGACGCAUCGAUGA